UCGUGUUCUUAUCCAAGUGCCGUAGGUGGCUGCCGUGGUGGAAGUUGAUGGAAGUUAUGGUUUACACGUAGCCGGUGUUUGACGUGUCCUAGCCUCCUAGCUUAGGCAUUUGGUAGCGAUUUGAUAAUUUGUUUGCGCGCCGCUUGAGUCUCGCAACGUGCACAGGAUCACGGGUAUUUAUAUGCACAUAUGGCGAAUGCCACGUUGCGACAAAACAUGCUGCCCAACAAGUCAUCGCCGUCUUCAUCGUCGUCCUCGUCGUCCAGCACAGCUAACGCGAAGGUCAUGUUUCCCGAUAAGAGACCAACGACCAAGCAAAUGAAAUCGUCCACCCUGACGAACGCCGCCGGCCUCAGUUCUCUCAUCACCUUCACCGUUCUCUUGCUCGCUUGGAUCUCGGGUUUUGCCUCGCGGCUCUUCGCCGUCAUACGUUUCGAGAGUAUCAUACACGAGUUCGAUCCGUGGUUUAACUACAGAGCGACAGCAUACAUGGUGCAACAUGGAUUCUACAAUUUUUUAAAUUGGUUUGAUGAACGAGCGUGGUAUCCACUGGGACGGAUUGUUGGUGGAACCGUCUAUCCUGGACUCAUGAUAACAUCUGGAUCGAUACACUACAUUUUGCACUCUUUAAACAUACCAGUGCAUAUAAGAGACAUAUGUGUAUUCUUAGCUCCAAUUUUUAGUGGCCUUACUGCCAUAUCUACAUAUUUAUUAACAAAAGAAAUAUGGAGCGCUGGAGCUGGCUUAUUCGCUGCUUGCUUCAUCGCUAUUGUACCUGGCUACAUCUCGAGGUCCGUAGCUGGCAGUUAUGACAAUGAGGGAAUUGCAAUCUUUGCAUUGCAAAUCACCUACUACCUCUGGGUUAAAUCGGUCAAAACUGGUUCAAUUUUUUGGGCGAGCAUAACUGCUCUGUCUUAUUUCUACAUGGUAUCAGCAUGGGGAGGCUAUGUGUUCAUUAUUAAUCUCAUUCCACUUCAUGUAUUUGCUUUGCUGGUCAUGAAUCGUUUUAGCAAUCGGUUAUUUACCAGUUAUACAACAUUUUAUGUUCUUGGACUUUUAUUGAGUAUGCAAGUACCAUUCGUCGGUUUUCAGCCGAUUAGAACUUCCGAACAUAUGGCAGCAGGUGGUGUAUUUGGUCUUCUAAUCUUUGUAGCAGCUCUUAGAUACUUAAGAACUGUACUUACCAAGUCCGAGAUGAAAUAUUUCGGUGGUGUAGUAGCUGUGACAGCAACUAUACUCCUAUUAAUUCUGAUUGCAUUAACGUACGCUGGUGUUGUCGCUCCUUGGAGUGGUAGAUUUUAUUCUCUUUGGGAUACCGGUUAUGCCAAGAUACAUAUCCCUAUAAUAGCAUCUGUAUCCGAACAUCAACCAACAACUUGGUUCAGCUUUUUCUUUGACUUGCACAUUCUUGUCACGACAUUCCCAGUUGGUCUGUGGUACUGUAUUAAACACAUAAAUGAUGAACGUGUUUUUGUCAUACUAUAUGCCAUAAGUGCCGUUUAUUUCGCUGGAGUGAUGGUGAGACUUAUGUUGACUUUAACUCCAGUAGUGUGUAUGCUGGCUGGUGUUGCUAUCAGCAAACUUGUAGAGCUAUAUCUCAAGGAAGAAGACAGGGACGAUCGUAACGGUACUGAAAGCAAUGAAGAGAGUGAAGAGGAAAGAGAGAGAAGUCCCGGUAGAGCAUUGUAUGACAAAGCCGGUAAAUUACGUAGAAUGAAACAUGAGAGGCCGAAAGGUAGCGGUGAUGGAUUAGGCGCCAAUCUACGUAAUGGCGUUAUUAUCGGCAUGUUAAUGUUAUUGAUGAUGUUUACUGUGCAUUGCACAUGGGUGACCAGCAAUGCAUAUUCUAGUCCAUCUAUCGUUUUGGCUUCUUAUAGUAACGAUGGCGGCAGAGCCAUACUCGACGAUUUUCGAGAGGCUUACUACUGGUUAGCUCAAAAUACGCCCAAUGAUGCGAGAGUUAUGAGUUGGUGGGAUUAUGGAUACCAAAUUGCUGGUAUGGCAAACAGAACUACACUCGUGGACAAUAAUACGUGGAAUAAUUCGCACAUAGCUCUGGUUGGUAAAGCAAUGAGCUCGAACGAAAGUGCCGCUUAUGAUAUUAUGACAUCUCUAGAUGUAGAUUAUGUAUUGAUCAUUUUUGGCGGUAUGAUUGGAUACUCUGGUGAUGAUAUUAAUAAAUUCUUAUGGAUGGUCCGAAUCGCCGAAGGCGAACAUCCUCAGGAUAUCCGCGAGAGUGAUUAUUUCACUGAGAGAGGAGAAUUCCGCGUGGACAAAGAAGGUUCUCCUACUCUAUUGAACUCGCUAAUGUACAAACUGAGUUACUAUCGGUUCGGAGAAGUUAAAAUGGAUUAUCGAACGCCUCACGGUUUCGAUCGCACUCGUAACGCCGAAAUAGGCAAUAAAAAUUUUCAGUUAACAUAUCUGGAAGAAGCUUACACUACUGAACAUUGGCUUGUCAGGGUUUACAGGGUGAAAAAACCAGCAGAGUUUAAUAGACCAAGAAUUCCGAUCUCUAAACGGGUUAUUACGCGUCGUGCAAAUUCGUAUAUUAGUAAAAAGUUAUGGGGGGUCGGGCAUUGAUGUUUCAGACUGCACGGCGUAGGCGAGGUUUCAUAAAAGGCCGGCCAGUUGUUAUUAAAGGACAGAAACCUCAACGACGAACGACGUAACGAAGAUUCGCUACUAUUUCAUAACAAUUUGCAAAUACAACUUUUGUAAUAAAAGAAUUACCGUCCCUUGGGUCUACCACGAACUAUACCUCGAACUAAGAAUUUAAUAUCAUCAAAAGAGAAUUCAAUCGGUUUGCGAAGAAUAGAAUACUUCAAAAAUAUAAUUUCUAACAUUCACAAAAUAAUCUGAAAAAUCUAUAGUUUUACCAAUAUUACUAUUAUAAGCCUUGUUUCUCAUUGUUGGCUUAUAUCACAUUAUGUUGCAUUGUUAUCCGAUUCAUUUUGUACACAGAUAAGUCAUUAAUUAUUUGUUAUUGCAUAAUUAUUUGCAAGUGUAUAAAUAUCUUUAAAAUUAGCAUGUGUGGCCACAUUUUCCAAGAUUAAAUCAAUAUUUUUUUGUAUGGAUGUGUUCAUUAGAGCAGAUCAUGUUUAGUAAUAUUUUUUUGUAUUGUAUAGAUGAAUUGACUUUUUUGUUUAACUUUUUUUUCUAAAUUAAUUGUAUUUAAUAAUUAACGCAAAAAUCUUUCAUCAAAUUCGUUCAUUUGUUAUCAAAUUAAACAAUUGUACCAAAAUCUCAUAUAAAUUGAGACUUGUAAGACAUCUUAUAGUUAGUGUACACAUUUAUGUUACAUAGUGUGUUUAUGCACAUAGUAUUAUAUCAGGCAAAAUUUGUGGAAUAAGCAGACUUGCCAAUUUUCAGCCAGAACAGAACGACCGAAUGUGUCGUGUGUACACAGUUUGUUGUAUAGCACCUUGUUGAAAGAUAAACAUUUGUGAUAACA